AUGAUCUCUUCAACGGCAAAUUUGGGUUGCAGCAUCAAAUAUAUGAAGCUAUUUGAAAUAGGCAACAGUUUUUUGCCUUCUUCAGCUGUCCCUCCAUCUGCUGUGGGUCCUGGUUUGGUGCCUUCGACCACAACUGGUGCGGAUGUGGAGACGGCGGCGGCUUCAAUCACGAUUGGUGCGGCGGCUGCUGUGGUGGUGGUGGAUGUCAUGGCGGUUUCCAUGGCGGUGCAUUUGGCGCUCACCAUGGCUUUGGACCGCGUUACUUCUAAAUCGUGA